AUGUCGAAUACUGCCAGAACAGAGUUUGGGACACUGAGAGAGGAAGAUAGGGAGGGUGUGAGAGAGAUUGGGACACUGAGAGAGCAAGAUGGGGAGGAUAUGAGAGAGUUUGAGAAACUGAGAGAGCAAGAUGGGGAGGAUAUGAGAGAGUUUGAGAAACUGAGAGAGCAAGAUGGGGAGGAUAUGAGAGAGUUUGAGAAACUGAGAGAGCAAGAUGGGGAGGAUAUGAGAGAGUUUGGGACACUGAGAGAGCAAGAUGGGGAGGAUGUGAGAGACUUUGGGACACUGAGAGAGGAAGAUAGGGAGGAUGUGAGAGUGUUUGGGUCACUGAGAGAGCAAGAUGGGGAGGAUGUGAGAGAGUUUGGGACACUGAGAGAGGAAGAUAGGGAGGAUGUGAGAGUGUUUGGGUCACUGAGAGAGCAAGAGAGGGAGGGUAUGAGAGUGUUUGGGUCACUGAGAGAGCAAGUUGGGGAGGAUGUGAGAGAGUUUGGGACACUGAGAGAGCAAGAUGGGGAGGAUAUGAGAGAGAACGGGACACUGAGAGAGCAAGAUGGGGAGGAUAUGAGAGAGAUUGGGACACUGAGAGAGCAAGAUGGGGAGGAUAUGAGAGAGAUUGGGACACUGAGAGAGCAAGAUGGGGAGGGUGUGAGAGAGAUUGGGACACUGAGAGAGCAAGAUGGGGAGGGUGUGAGAGAGAUUGGGACACUGAGAGAGCAAGAUGGGGAGGGUGUGAGAGAGAUUGGGACACUGAGAGAGCAAGAUGGGGAGGGUGUGAGAGAGAUUGGGACACUGAGAGAGCAAGAUGGGGAGGGUGUGAGAGAGAUUGGGACACUGAGAGAGCAAGAUGGGGAGGGUGUGAGAGAGAUUGGGACACUGAGAGAGCAAGAUGGGGAGGGUGUGAGAGAGAUUGGGACACUGAGAGAGCAAGAUGGGGAGGGUGUGAGAGAGAUUGGGACACUGAGAGAGCAAGAUGGGGAGGGUGUGAGAGAGAAUGGGAAACUGAGAGAGCAAGAUGGGGAGGGUGUGAGAGAGAAUGGGACACUGAGAGAGCAAGAUGGGGAGGAUAUGAGAGAGAUUGGGACACUGAGAGAGCAAGAUGGGGAGGGUGUGAGAGAGAUUGGGACACUGAGAGAGCAAGAUGGGGAGGGUGUGAGAGAGAUUGGGACACUGAGAGAGCAAGAUGGGGAGGGUGUGAGAGAGAUUGGGACACUGAGAGAGCAAGAUGGGGAGGGUGUGAGAGAGAUUGGGACACUGAGAGAGCAAGAUGGGGAGGGUGUGAGAGAGAUUGGGACACUGAGAGAGCAAGAUGGGGAGGGUGUGAGAGAGAUUGGGACACUGAGAGAGCAAGAUGGGGAGGGUGUGAGAGAGAUUGGGACACUGAGAGAGCAAGAUGGGGAGGGUGUGAGAGAGAUUGGGACACUGAGAGAGCAAGAUGGGGAGGGUGUGAGAGAGAAUGGGAAACUGGGAGAGCAAGAUGGGGAGGGUGUGAGAGAGAUUGGGACACUGAGAGAGCAAGAUGGGGAGGGUGUGAGAGAGAUUGGGACACUGAGAGAGCAAGAUGGGGAGGGUGUGAGAGAGAUUGGGACACUGAGAGAGCAAGAUGGGGAGGGUGUGAGAGAGAUUGGGACACUGAGAGAGCAAGAUGGGGAGGAUGUGAGAGAGAUUGGGACACUGAGAGAGCAAGAUGGGGAGGAUAUGAGAGAGAUUGGGACACUGAGAGAGCAAGAUGGGGAGGGUGUGAGAGAGAUUGGGACACUGAGAGAGCAAGAUGGGGAGGGUCAAGAUGGGGAGGGUGUGAGAGAGAUUGGGACACUGAGAGAGCAAGAUGGGGAGGGUGUGAGAGAGAUUGGGACACUGAGAGAGCAAGAUGGGGAGGGUGUGAGAGAGAUUGGGACACUGAGAGAGCAAGAUGGGGAGGAUAUGAGAGAGAUUGGGACACUGAGAGAGCAAGAUGGGGAGGGUGUGAGAGAGAUUGGGACACUGAGAGAGCAAGAUGGGGAGGGUGUGAGAGAGAAUGGGACACUGAGAGAGCAAGAUGGGGAGGAUAUGAGAGAGAUUGGGACACUGAGAGAGCAAGAUGGGGAGGGUGUGAGAGAGAUUGGGACACUGAGAGAGCAAGAUGGGGAGGGUGUGAGAGAGAAUGGGACACUGGGAGAGCAAGAUGGGGAGGGUGUGAGAGAGAUUGGGACACUGAGAGAGCAAGAUGGGGAGGGUGUGAGAGAGAUUGGGACACUGAGAGAGCAAGAUGGGGAGGAUGUGAGAGAGAAUGGGACACUGAGAGAGCAAGAUGGGGAGGGUGUGAGAGAGAUUGGGACACUGGGAGAGCAAGAUGGGGAGGAUAUGAGAGAGAUUGGGACACUGAGAGAGCAAGAUGGGGAGGAUGUGAGAGAGAUUGGGACACUGAGAGAGCAAGAUGGGGAGGAUGUGAGAGAGAAUGGGACACUGAGAGAGCAAGAUGGGGAGGGUGUGAGAGAGAUUGGGACACUGAGAGAGCAAGAUGGGGAGGAUGUGAGAGAGAUUGGGACACUGAGAGAGCAAGAUGGGGAGGAUGUGAGAGAGAAUGGGACACUGAGAGAGCAAGAUGGGGAGGAUAUGAGAGAGAUUGGGACACUGAGAGAGCAAGAUGGGGAGGAUCAAGAUGGGGAGGAUGUUAGAGAGUUUGAGACACUGAGAGAGCAAGAUGGGGAGGGUGUGAGAGAGUUUGAGAAACUGAGUGAGGAAGAAAGGGAGGGUGUGAGAGAGUUUGGGACACUGAGCGAGGAAGAUAGGGAGGAUAUGGGAGAGACUGGGACACUGAGAGAGGAAGAUAGGGAGGAUAUGAGAGAGUUUGGGACACUGAGAGAGCAAGAUGGGAAGGGUGUGAGAGAGUUUGGGACACUGAGAGAGCAAGAUGGGGAGGGUGUGAGAGAGUUUGGGACACUGAGAGAGCAAGAUGGGGAGCAUAUGAGAGAGUUUGGGACACUGAGAGAGCAAGAUGGGGAGGAUAUGAGAGAGAUUGGGACACUGAGAGAGCAAGAUAGGGAGGGUAUGAGAGAGUUUGGGACACUGAGAGAGCAAUAUAGGGAUGAUAUGAGAUAG